UUUGACCCCCGUCGGGCCGCAGGAUCAAAAGACCCCACCCGUACCUGCAGCUUGCCGGCGCCAGAUGAACGAGGGGCCCGGGCCAAUGCGCUUGUGAGAUUCUCCCCCCAAGGGCUCCCGUCUUUUCUUUUCUCCAACGGGAAACCCUCCUCCUGGUGCCUUCUCCUGAGCCAAAGGGCUGACAGCGCCCACUUGGUUUCACGUCUCCCUGAAGUGAGACGAAGCAGAACCACUCCUUUGGACAUACUGUUCGUCCUGUCUUCGCAGGUCAUCCUUCGGGAUUUUGCCAUUUCCGCUCUCUUUUCUUGCAUAAUCCGCGUUUGUUUCCCCCAAGCCCACUCUUUUUUCAUGACUAGUCAGUUACCGACAUCGCCAAUCGCCGCCCACGAUAACUGCUCUCUGCCAAUUGAGGCCGUUGAUGAUUUUUGCCUCGAUCGCGUUACCUACGACCACUUUCAUUUUCAGCAUUUGCCUUGCUACGACUGCAUUUACUGUAACCAGAAAACCCAACAACCAGGUUCCACGCGCGACGCAUCACUCUGAACUGUUUGACUUGCUUUCAUCACUGGGAGGGAACUGGAAACCAAGACGGAAUCACGCACAGAAGCUCAAGACGAUCAUACACGCGCGACAACCAGCCGCACAAUGGAGUUGUAGCGCUCAUUGUCUACUACGAAUCAUAUAUCAUCGACAUUACUCGUCUUACCCGUGUCUAUUCGACACCGUGCGCUUGCUGCGAAGGGGCCCUUAGAACUACCCGUGGGGCCCUUCGUUUUCUGAAGCUAGAACAACUCAACAAAACUACGAAUAUUCGUUAUUGAGCAAAGCUUAGGACAGCUUUAAAUCUGGGAUAAGGCAAGAUGCCUGCGGUAGAUGCGGCUAUGAGGAGGAGUGUAGGGGAAGGGUUCUUGGACUUGCUGGCUCGCGCGAUUCAUCCGGCUCUCGUACGGAGAAAUCUUGAAGGACAGAUUGGAGAUGUCCGGGCAACAUUUGCCAGUUGGGACAGCUGCAUGGCGGAAUCCUAUUGCAAAUGGUUAGUAAUCGGGCUCAUGAUUCUUGGGGGUAUCAUCAUUUUCUCAGUGCUAUGGUGCAUCAUUCGCUGCGCGUGCUGCGCUAAAUCAUGUUGCUGCUCGUGCUUCAAGUGUCUCCAGUGCUGCGGUAAUUGCUGCGGGUGCUGUGACCCUCCAAGGGGGGACCGAAGGCAGUAUCUUGACGAGCCGUACAUCCCGCCAAAUCAGGGUUACAAGUCGCAGGAGCCUAUGCACCUUGGGUAUGACAGUCGCCCUACUGCACCCCCUGUUUUUAGUGGCGGUGGUGUUGGUGGUGGAUAUGCCGCUUCGACGGGCGUGACAAGCAAACCCCAAUAUGCUGAAUUCGAUGUCAGCAAGAACAAGCCUGGAAAUGAAGAUGCACUUCCCGAGAUGCCGAGCUGGGAAGGUGCGGAGAGCAAGAAGAUCGUGUUGGAAGAGGAGGAGGAGGCCGUGGAGAUGAACCAGUUGAAGAAGCCCGAAGCCAACUCAACAAACGCGCAAAGCCCGACCAUGAUGAAUGGAGUGGCUGCGGCGGGUGUGAUACCUGGGCGUGGUUCUACGAGCCCGAACCCGGGGAACAGAAGCCCUUACGGACCACCAGGCGCUGGAGCACAAUCUAAUGGAUACUUCCCUCCAGGGGCUGUGGCUAACGAUCCAUACAACCAGACUGCGCAGAGUUACAACCAGCCAGCGGGUGGUUAUGGGCAGCCGGGUCAAGGGUACGGUAUGGCUCCAGGUGCAAACGGACCAGGUGCAGUGGGAAUAGGCGCAAUUGGACCAGGCGCAAUGGGGCCAGGUGCAAUCGGACCAGGACGCAGGUCUCCUGGAAACGUUGGCGGCGGGUAUAAUACUGGGUAUGACAACAAUGACCAUGGACAGCCGGGCUACGGACAACAGGGCUAUGGACAGCAACAGCAAGGUGUGACACCUCGGCAGACGGGACAGGGUGGUGGAUAUGACAACUAUGGCGAUAUCUACGACAGCUACGGCACUGGGACGAAUCAACCGUAUGGUGGCGCUCAGGAACUGGACGCUGGCAGCUAUGGGCAACCCCCAUCAGCACAACCAGCUGCUGGACCUCAGGCGGGUUAUGGAGGAGCCUAUGGCCAAGGCCAAAGACGGACACCUGGCCCUCAAGCCGAUGCAGGGUAUGGCAACCCCAACCAAAGACGGACACCCGGACCCCAGAGUGAUUACAACAAUGGCUACGGUGGAAGCCCAAGACGCACCCCUGCGCCUCAGGAUAGCUACGGCGGCGGCGGUUAUGAUGCUCCCGCCCCAGCAUAUGGCAGCAGCCUGGACAGACGGUCGCCUGGUCCCCAGCAAGGAUACGGCCGCCCACCCCCCAACAGACAAUACUCGUCGUCUGACUCUCGCGGUCCACAACGUCAGUACUCGGGCAACGACGUGAGCUCGUCCUCCGACAACAUGGGAGGGUUUGAUUUCGGCACAGGCUACAGCCGUCCACCACAACAACAGCAACAACCAAACAGCGGAUACGGCCGUCCUCCACAAGCACAGCAGAGCAGUGGAUACAGGCAACCGACGACUCCCGUAGUGGAGGAGCAGAGCGCGGCGUACCCGGGGUAUAAGCCUUAUUCACCUGGACCUCCCAAUUGAUAAGUUGGUUUGUGAUACCCUGAUCUUUUUUGUAUAAUGGAAUGUAUUGUACAGUUCUCUAUGGGAAGGAUGUGUGUUGGCUGCCAGCUGAGCUUGCGGCAGGGGGGUUUGGGAUGUUCAUUGAUGAUCUCUUUUCUUUUUCUCGAAAUUUUUGAACACGGUGUGGAGAAGGGGCAUGAUAGAUGGUGUUUUUAUGAUUAUUGUCUUUCGUUUAUGAUGAUUUUGGGAAGAGGGGGGGUGGUUCAUGUUAAGGCGCUUUUUGCAAAGAGGGUGGGGUUUUCGAUUCGAACUUGUGGUAAGAAGCAAAGUUGACUUUUAGCUGUGGUUUUCUCGGGAAAAAGGGAAACAGACCCUGGUGGGGGCUAUUUAGGGUGGUGGUGGUUUGGAUCGCAUUUAAUGGGGUCAGUGGUUGUAUAUAGGUGACCUACGACAG